AUGAAUGAAUGGGGGAGGAGUCUGGUGGUGCGGAAACAAAACUUUGACAAGAGACAUUCCACACGGAAGAAGAGAGAGCAGAUCAGCGGGACCAGGCCGGGAGCAGAUCAGCGGGACCAGGCCGGGAACAGAUCAGCGGGACCAGGCCGGGAGCAGAUCAGCGGGACCAGGCAAGGAGCAGAUCAGCGGGACCAGGCCGGGAGCAGAUCAGCGGGACCAGGCCGGGAGCAGAUCAGCGGGACCAGGCCGGGAGCAGAUCAGCGGGACCAGGCCGGGAGCAGAUCAGCGGGUCCAGGCCGGGAGCAGAUCAGCGGGACCAGGCCGGGAGCAGAUCCGCGGGACCAGGCCGCAGCAGUUCCGCGGGACCAGGCCGCAGGGGCAGGAGACCCAGAAACGCCCACACGAGCUAAGUGGCCCUACCUUCCCCAGGGUUUCCAUCCCCCGCAGGUGGUCUACCCUCCCCAGGGUUUCUUUCCCCCGCAGGUGGCCUACCUUCCCCAGGGUUUCCAUCCCCCGCGGGUGGCCUACCUUCCCCAGGGUUUCCAUCCCCCGCAGGUGGCCUACCUUCCCCAGGGUUUCCAUCCCCCGCAGGUGGACUACCCUCCCCUGGGUUUCUAUCCCCCGCAGGUGGACUACCCUCCCCAGGGUUUCCAUCCCCCUCAGGUGGACUACCCUCCCCAGGGUUUCUAUCCUCCGCAGGUGGACUACCCUCCCCAGGGUUUCUAUCCCCCGCAGGUGGACUACCCUCCCCAGGGUUUCCAUCCCCCGCAGGUGGACUACCCUCCCCAGGGUUUCCAUCCCCAGCAGGUGGGCUACCCUCCCCAGGGUUUCUAUCCCCUGCAGGUGGUUCUCCCUCUGCAGGUGGUUCUCCCUCCGCAGGCGGUUCUCCCUCCGCAGGCGGUUCUCCCUCCGCAGGCGGUUCUCCCUCCGCAGGCGGUUCUCCCUCCGCAGGCGGUUCUCCCUCCGCAGGCGGUUCUCCCUCCGCAGGCGGUUCUCCCUCCGCAGGCGGUUCUCCCUCCGCAGGUGGACCUUGUGGAUCCUGAUGUUGAGCCUCCCUCUCCUGUUCCAUCUCCCACAUCUCCCUCACCCUUUGCUUCCUGUUCUUCUGAUUUUUCCGAUUCAGAUUUCCAGAGCGUUGAGGAGUUCCUGGACUUUUUUGUGCAGACUCUGGAUUCAGCUCCUAGCCUGGAGGAGUUCCUGGACUUUUUUGUGCAGACUCUGGAUCCAGCUCCUGCCUCGCCCACUGUUGCUCCUAUUCAGAUUUACCUGACCCAGGUUGCUCUUCACAUUCUCCCACUCCCUCUUCUUCCCACAAACGUAGCAGGUCCGAGUGCUCUCAUGAGAACAGCUCCAAGAGGCGGCGCCGCUCGUCUCCUGCUUCCUCUUCUCCCUCCCGCGCUCCUUCCUCGUGACCCUCCCUUCCCACCUCUCCACCCUACCCCUGUCCACAACCUUCCCCACUCUUCCCUCCCCUUCUCCUCUCCCUCCCCUUCUCCUCCCUCCCUGUCUCUUUCCCCCUGA